AUGGCCACUGGUUCUGGCGACAAGGACGCGAAGUCGAAUGAGUCUUCCUCCCCAUGGGACGACAACACAAGACGUCGCUUUGAAAGCAAAUCGAAAAGCGAGUUCUACGAUCCGUGCCAAGAAGCAGCACAGCGCAGCUACCGGUGUCUGUUCCGAAACAACGGCGAUAAGGCAAUGUGUGGUGAAUAUUUCCAGGCCUAUCGUGACUGCAAACAGCACUGGGUACGUAUUGCUCCUCGGAGCACUCUUGGCUUUGACUGA